GGCUUACAGGUGUGAGCCACUGCGCCAGGCCCUGUGUAGAGCCUUUGUCAGCGGAACUUUCAUACAGAGUUGGCUGCAGCAGUCCUUGAGAUGGGCAGUAAGGGAAGUGGGAUGUCCUCCCUAGGUAUUUGCCUGGCAAGGGGGGUGGGUUACGGAGUUUAUAGGAAGAUUUCAGGAAUUUGGCUCAGGGGCAAGAUCAUUUUCUUUGUAGAUAGCUUCUUCCAGGCCUGGAAAUGUUCAGGGCCCUGGACUGGGUUGAAGCCUGAUUGGAAAAACCUGUGGUUGGGGCACAGAGGGGUCAGGGUACUCCAUGAUCUUUGGCCAGGACAUGAAAGUGGGGGGCCAUGGGGGACUGUAUGUGAUGUAUGUCUUGGUGUGCUGGAGAAAUCAAAGACUUGACAGCUCAAACCUACCCACAUGGACACAGAGGGGGUGGGCAUGAGUCUGGGGCUCAGGGUCCUGGUUGCAAACCAGCCCUCUUGCUCCAGCUGCUCCUCCUUCACCAGCUAAGAGGGCACAUGAGCUUCAUCCUGCAGCCACAGAGGCAGAAGAGGCCUGGACCUCGGCUCCGGCAGACCCAGGAACAGAUGAGCAGGGAUGUCUGUAUCCACACCUGGCCGUGUACCUACUACCUGGAGUCAGAGAGGCGAUGGGUGACUGGCCAGCUGUCCUUAACGUCGCUGUCACUCAGGUUCGUGACUGACAGCACUGGCGAGACUCUGGUCAGCUUCCCCCUCUCCAGCAUAGUCGAGAUCAAGAAGGAGGCUUCACAUUUUAUCUUCAGCUCCAUCACUGUCCUGGAGAAGGGCCACGCCAAGCACUGGUUCAGCUCCCUGCGGCCAAGUCGAAAUGUGGUCUUCAGCAUCAUUGAGCAUUUCUGGAGGGAGCUGCUGCUAUCUCAGCCUGCGGCAGACGCAUCUGCCCCCAGGACCCAGGGCAAGGAGCUGACAGGACUCAUGGCCGGAUCCCAGAAACGCCUGGAGGACACAGCAAGGGUCCUGCACCACCAGGGCCAGCAGCUGGAUGGUGUCAUGAGAGGCCUGGACAAGAUGGAAUCAGACCUGGAGGUGGCAGACAGAUUGUUGACAGAACUGGAAUCUCCUGCUUGGUGGCCCUUUAGCUCCAAGCUUUGGAAGACACCAUCAGAAACAAAGCCCAGGGAAGGCGUCUCCGUGAAACCAAGUUGUGAACCCUUUGGGAAAGAAGGGGUGCUGAUCCAAAUUCCUGCCAUUAUUUCCCACAGAACAGAGUCUCACUUGAAGCCAGGGAGGCUCACUGUCCUCGUGUCUGGGUUGGAAAUCCAUGAUUCCAGUUCUUUGCUCAUGCACAGAUUUGAAAGAGAAGAUGUGGAUGACAUCAAGGUCCACUCACCUUACGAAAUCAGCAUCCGCCAGCGGUUUAUUGGAAAGCCAGACGUGGCCUAUCGUUUGAUAUCCGCCAAGAUGCCAGAGGCUAUCCCCAUUUUAGAAGUGCAGUUCAGCAAGAAGAUGGAGCUGUUAGAAGACGCCUUGGUGCUCAGAAGCACGAGAACCUCUUCCCCUGCAGAGAAGAGCCGCUCUGUCUGGCAUGCAGCAUCUGGGCUGAUGGGCCGCGCCCUGCACCGUGAGCCACCCGCAGGAGACCGGGAGGGCACGGCCCUGCUGCAGAUGAGCCCACCAGCCCUGUCCGAGGCAGAUACCCAGGAACUAACCCAGAUCCUGAGGAGGAUGAAGGGGCUGGCCCUGGAGGCCGAGAGCGAGCUGGAGAGACAGGAUGAAGCCCUGGAUGGUGUCGCAGCAGCUGUGGACAGGGCAACCUUAACCAUCGACAAGCACAACAGGCGGAUGAAGAGGCUGACCUAGGGGCAGAUGUCCCCCUGAGAUGACGGGCUGGGAGGUGGUGCCAGGGCUGCAGAGGCCUGUGGCCUUCCUCUGGAUGGGGCUGCUGCCAUGGGGCCGCCUCUGCACCAGGGGCCUCCCCAGGUGUGCGCCAUGCCUGUCCCCCACGCGCUUCUCCCUGUUGGCGGGCAGGACCCGGUUGCACGGUUCUGCAGAUGGUGCAGGAGAGUGGACAUGGCAGGGCCCCAGGGACACCGGGCACAGGCCUGGAAGAGGCCAGCGCACCGCCCUUUUCACCUUAGCUCCCUUCCGUGGACAGACUGGCCUUCCUAGCUGUACUAUGACUUUGUGAGUGAAGUUAGAGCCAGCUCACCUGAGGGCAUCCUGUAACACCCAACUGUUCUUUUAUCAUCUCGGUUUUAGCCAGAAGUGAAAAUAGCAUGACUGCACCUUUCGGCCCCAUUUCUAUCCAGAAAUAAAGCGAAAUGCUGGCUUUGGAGUGGU